AUGUAAAACCAUGGAAUAGAAUUCCUAUUUAUUAAAGGCAAUACUAAAUGUGCAGAUUCCACUUAAUUACAAUCUGUUAAAUAAUACCAUCCUAAAUUAAAUUCUCUUCGUAUGAAAGGAUUUUAGUAAUUCUUUGAUCUAAUGAAUAAAUAAUAAUAAGAUCAACAGUAAAUGAAAAUAUGUUCUUAAUGCACUCCUUAAUUAUUACCUACUGUUCUUUCUUAUCCUCCAAGAAUUGAAAUACAUAAUAGAAAAUCUAGUGAAACCAAAUUAAUAAUUAAGAAAAACUUAUUAGAAACCCUACCAGAUUCAAAUUCAUAAGAAAAAUGUAAAAAAGAAUUAAGAUUAAUUCCUUAAAAGUAAUUUUAAGUUAAAAAAACAAUAAAUAACAAAAAUGAAAUAAAUAAAGAAAAUUAAGAAAUUAUUGAAUUACCAAUCAUGAUUGCAUUUACAAAUAAUAUUAAUGUUGUACCUCCUGAAAGGACAUUUUAUAAGGCAUUUAUUACAAAAGGAAAUAAUGGAACUUUAAUAAGAUAAUCUUUAAAAUUAAGACCUUGGUGGAUAUUGAUAGAUCAACCAAAUGAAGAUUUAAAUUUAUAUUGGACAUAAUUAAGAAAAUAAUAAGAAUAUGAUUCAGUAAAAUAAUUUUAAUUGGAAAAUGUUUAAUUUACAAAAUAAUAAAAAAAAUUAAUUAAUGAUAAGAUUAAAUAUAAUAUUGAAGAAUCAGAAUUUUAAUUGUUUAAUUAAAGUAGUAUUCUUAGAGUACAUAACCAUUUAGAAUGCAAUUUCUAAGUUUGUAAUAAAAAAGCAUUAUUUUAUAAUAUGAAAAAUUAUUAUCUUUCUAUUAAUGAAGAUCCUUUUUAAUUUAUACCAUUAACGUAUCAUGUUAAAACAGGUUUAAAUGAUCCAGCAUUUUUAGAAUUUGAAGAAUUUGCAAAAACAAAUAAUAUUAAUGUUUGGAUAAUAAAACCAGGAGAAUCAUCAAAUCGAGGAAAUGGUAUUUAGGUAGCCAAUUCUAUAACUAAAGUUAAAUAAAUAAUUUCUCAAUAGAAUCUUCAUUUGAACAAUUCUAAAAAGACAUUCAUUAUCUAAAAAUAUCUAGAAAAACCAUUAUUAUAUAAUAAGAGAAAAUUUGAUAUUCGAUGUUAUAUGCUUAUGACAUGUGUAAAUAAUACAUUUAAAGCAUAUUGGUAUUAAGAAGGAUACAUAAGGACAAGUUGUAAGGAAUUUAGUUUAGAUGAUGUUGAAGAUAAAUUUACUCAUCUCACAAAUGAUGCAGUUUAAAAGAAGAAUCAAAAUUAUGGAAAAUUUGAAACAGGAAAUAAAGUAUUUAUAUUAUUUAAUUAAUUAGAUAUCUUAUAAUGAAUUUUAAAAGUAUUUAAAUGAUCAACAUAAUUAUAACUUCUAAAUAAUACUUGAUCAAUUAAAAAAACUUAGCAUUGAUAUUGUUAAAGCAACUUAUUAACAUUUAAAUCCAAAUAAACUUUUCUAUUCUUUUGAGUUAUUCGGAUUAGACUUUAUGAUUGAUUCAGAUAUGAAACCAUGGUUGAUAGAAGUCAAUACAAAUCCUUGUUUAGAAACUUGUUGUCCAUUAUUAGCUAGAUUAAUAACUCAUUUGAUAGAGAAUACAAUUAAGAUUGCUAUUGAUCCUAUGUAUCCUCCACCACUUAGCAAAAAGAAACAUUUACAAGAAUCAAAAAAUUUAAUGGAACUGGUAUUCUCGAGUACUUUGAUAAAUGAAAGAAUUUCUUAACCUAUGAUUAAAGAAGAUGAUGAUGAACACUCUGAUGUUGAUGAAGAUAAUUGA